AUGAUAAGUAAUUAAUAUGAUGAGCUUAUGAAUGGUGAAUUCGAUGUAAGAGAAUUCAUACUAAAGAAUUUUGUUUAAGCUAAUUUCGAGAUCAAUUACAAGAAGAUAGAAUAAUCAAUGCCAUAAAUAGCUUAAAUAUAAUCAUAAACGUGUGAGGAUAUUGCGAGUUCUGUCGAUAAUAACUUAGAAGAUUAUGUUGAAAUAAGCACAUAAUUAACAUCAUUGCAAUCAUAAUUGGAUAAUCUAACACUCUAAUUUAGCAAUAUUACAGAUAUUAUUGUCCUCACUUAAGACAAUCUGUAAUAAAGAAUAUAUUAAAUAAAUGUCAUUGUGGAAAACUUGAAAUUGAUAUAAAAUCUCCAAUAUAGUAUGAAGGACUUAAGGAAAUUAAUAAAUAUAUUAGAGAGUGUUGAUUUAAGUAAAGGGAUGUCCAAUUACAAUUUAUUAGAAACUAGUGAGUUGAUUGUGAAAUCUAGAUAAUUAUACACUGAAUUAGAUAAAUCGCCUCAUUGUAGAUAAUUGAUGUUGUAAUUUGAUUUACUGCAAAUUAUUCAAUAGAAUUAAUGCUAAUUUUAAAAUUUAUUAGAAAAGGAAUUUGUGAAUUGUUUGUAAAAUUUUAAUUCUAUAAAAUUCGCUUGUAUUCUUAAAUCAUUUCAAAAAAUGCAAUUAAAUAAGACACCUGAGAAAUUGCUUGUAUAAUUUUUAUUAAAGCCAGCAUUUGAUGUCGCCUUUGCUAAAUUAAAUAAGAAUCUAUUGACAAAGGAUACAUCAAAUUUAGAGUAGUUCUUGCAAUCAGUAUUAUAGAUAUACGAGAACAACAUUGAAAUAGCUAAAGUCGAAACUGAAACAUUUUCAUUUAAAAAUAUUUUAGUGGAAUUGCUCUAUAUCUAUUUGUCUACAAAAGAAUGUGUUAAUAUAUAUUCCUUGGGAGUACUUGAUUUGUUUUAAUAAAACUAUUAGAAUAUUUAGAAUAUUAAAUAAACACUUAAAGUAAAUUUUGAGAAGGGAUCAGAAGUAGAAAAAAAGUUUAUGGAGAAAUGGAAUUUAUUAACAUACUUUUCUAUGAGAUAAGCAGAAAUUAUUAAAAAAUUAGAAUCGGAACUUUAAAUUUAACUAACUAAUAAUGAAUACAAUUUUCAUUUGGUUUUAUAAAAUAUUAUAGAGAAUUGUUUUUCAUCCAAAGUUUAUAUCUCCUUAUUAAAAUAGAAAUUUUAUACAUUAGCUAUAUAAAUUAUAACAAGAUUUUGCAAUUUCAUAAAAUCAAAUAAGAAUUCCAUUUAAACCGAUAAAAUACCAAUUAUUAUAAAUAAUCUAUCGAAAAUUAAUUUGUCAUUAUUGCAAUAGGACAUUGUUAUAUUAUAAUUGGAUAAAAUUAAAUCCGUGAUUUCAGAGCUAAUAGAUAUUGCAAUAGUAUAGAUCAAGAUAGAGUGUUAAUAAAAUUUGGAACCUUUUAGUGGUAUACCAGCUAAAUUUAGGAUGACAAAUAGAGACAUGCCCAAUUAGCCUUCAAAUUUUUGCAUCAAUAUUUUUAAACCACUUUAGAAUUAUUUAUUAAAAUUGGAUGAUGAUUCCAUAAAGAAAUUAACAUGUGAGAAAGUAUAAUGAUAUUAUAAACUUAAGGUAUGUAGUACUACUUUAGAAAGAUUUUAGGUAAUUAAAAAGCAAGCUCUUGAUACAUGUGAUAAAAAUGAAGAAUUAAUGGCUAAAAUGGGUGUAAAAAAAAAUGAUGCUUUGGAUAAUCAAAAAAUAAGAAUGUAGUUUUAAUUGGAUGAAGAAGAAAUAAAAAACAUUAUGAUAACUAAAUUAUAUUAAUGAUUUUUUAACAAUUAUAAUUAGAAUUCUUUGGUUGUCUAAAACCUCAAUUACAGUAAGAAUUAAUAAAGCGACCCAAUUAUUUGGUUCAAAAACAACAAAAGAGUUAUAGUUUUGACUUGAAUACUGAGAGAUUUCCAAUUCAAUUAUAAUAGUUGAAAAAAUAACAAAAUUAAGCUUGGAGACUUUAAACAACCACUGCCAAAUCUAAUAAGCAUCAAUAUGAAAUAAUGUUAAGCUCAUACAGAGAUAAUAUAUCUAAAUCUGUUAAUAAUUCAAAAAUAUCAUAACAUAAAACUAAAAAGAAGAAGAUAAUAGAAAAUGAAAAGUAUGAAAGUUGCUUUAAAAACUAAGUAAUAUAAUAUCUAUUAAAAUUAUAGAAUUUUUCAUUUUUUAAUGCUGGAAAUUUAAAGAAAAAUUAAAUGGCGAUUGGAAAUAUGGAUAUGAUGCUUAAUAGAAAGAUUAAAAUGAACAAAGUUUGA